UAUCAGUGUUGAUUGCUUUCUCCACCUGUCCAUGCUUCUGCUUUCGCUGAGCACAAAUCUGGCCGCUCGCGCCGCAGCUUCCGCUUUAAUCUGCCCGGAAUGACAUCACAGCUGCCGGCGCGAGGAGCGGGGGCGCCGGGCGGGGAGCGCCAUUUUCACGCUGUGGCCGGUCAGUCAGCCAGCAGCUCACACAGCUGUCACCUCCGUCUGCCACACCGACACCGGUACCGAGCGGGUUUCCUGGAGCUGCUGCGGCCAUGGAGGCGGCGGUGAAGAGGCCUGUCCCGUGCGGCUCGGACUAAAGCCUGGUUCUGGUUCUGACACGCCGUUGCUAGGCGGCUAGAAUGUAGCUACAACACAAGGAGAACCUGAUGCGGUGAAGUCCGGUUUCAGUCCUCAGAAAGACCAAACCAUCACUGGCAGCUCGAAGAUUCAGCGUCUCGGUGGCGACAGAACCGAGCCUUCAGAGAGCAGGAAUCUGACGGUCGAGCUUCUACGAAUGUCCCAGAGAACGGAUGCGUGAGGACAUGUCCACCAUGGUGAAGGAGGAGGAGGAUCCGGGGGAGAAGCUGUCACAAGAUGAGAUCAUCUCCCAGACCAAGCAGGUGAUCCAGGGGCUGGAGGCCCUGAAGCAGGAGCACCACUCCAUCCUGGAGGGUUUGCUGGGUACUCUGCGCUGCCUGAAGCAGGACGAGGAGGGCGUCCUCGUCGAGGAGAAGUCGCACAUGAUCCGCAAGUCCCUGGACAUGCUGGAGUUGGGACUUAGUGAAGCUCAGGUGAUGAUGGCGCUGUCUAACCACCUGAGCUCGGUUGAGUCGGAGAAGCAGAAGCUACGUGCUCAGGUGCGCCGAUUGUGCCAGGAGAACCAGUGGCUGAGGGACGAGCUUGCAGGGACCCAGCAGAAACUGCAGAAGAGCGAGCAGAGUGUAGCUCAGCUGGAAGAGGAGAAGAAGCACCUGGAGUUCAUGAACCAGCUGAAGAAGUACGAUGAAGACCUCUCGCCCUCGGAGGAGAAGGACUCUGACUCCAGUAAGGAGACUCUGGAUGAUCUCUUUCCAGAUGACCAGGACGACCAGGCUCCAGGCAUCCAGCCAGCUCACGGCAGUGCCGCCGCCGCAGCUGCUCAGCAGGGAGGAUACGAGAUCCCAGCUCGCCUGCGAACCCUGCACAACCUGGUGAUCCAGUACGCCUCGCAGGGCAGGUACGAGGUGGCCGUGCCUCUCUGUAAACAAGCCCUGGAAGACCUGGAGAAGACCUCUGGACACGACCAUCCCGACGUAGCUACCAUGCUCAACAUCCUCGCGCUUGUUUACAGGGAUCAGAACAAAUACAAGGAGGCAGCUAACCUGCUGAAUGAUGCUCUGGCCAUCAGGGAGAAGACUCUUGGAAAGGACCAUCCAGCUGUUGCUGCAACCCUGAAUAACCUGGCUGUGCUGUAUGGGAAGAGAGGAAAGUACAAGGAGGCAGAACCUCUGUGCAAGAGAGCGCUGGAGAUCCGAGAAAAGGUUUUGGGGAAGGACCACCCAGAUGUUGCCAAGCAGCUGAACAACCUGGCCCUUCUGUGCCAGAACCAGGGCAAAUAUGAGGAAGUGGAGUAUUAUUACAUGAGAGCGCUGGAGAUCUAUCAGACUCAACUGGGGCCUGAUGACCCCAACGUGGCCAAAACCAAGAACAACCUGGCGUCCUGUUACCUCAAGCAGGGCAAGUUCAAGCAAGCUGAGACUUUGUAUAAAGAAAUCCUGACCCGCGCUCAUGAGAGGGAGUUUGGUUCUGUUGAUGAUGAGAAUAAACCAAUCUGGAUGCACGCUGAGGAACGGGAGGAGAAGAGCAAGGGGAAGCAGAAGGACAGUUCCCCGUUUGGUGAAUAUGGAGGCUGGUACAAAGCCUGUAAAGUUGACAGUCCCACAGUCACAACGACCUUGAAAAACCUGGGGGCGCUCUACAGGCGGCAGGGCAAGUUUGAGGCGGCGGAGACACUGGAAGAAGCUGCUAUGCGCUCCAGAAAACAGGGUCUGGAUAACGUUCACAAGCAGCGUGUGGCCGAGGUCCUGAGUGAACCCGAGGGCCGCGAAAAGCAGCGGAGCCGCGAGAGUUUGACCUCGGACACGGUGAAGUACGAGAGCGGGCCGGACGGUGGCGAGGAAGUGAGUAUGAGCGUGGAGUGGAAUGGGGACGGCUCCGGAUCUCUGAAGAGGAGCGGCUCCUUCAGUAAAAUCCGGGCUUCACUGCGCCGCAGCAGCGAGAAGCUGGUCCGGAAGCUAAAGGGUGGCGGCUCGGCGCGUGACGGCGAGUCCAAAAACCUGGGCAUGAAGCGAGCCAGCUCUCUGGGGAUUCUUAACCUGCCGGACAAGGCCACCAAUGAGCAAGAACGAAAUAAUCGUUUGAGGAGAAGUCGCGACCUGAGUUCCAGCCAGACGGACCUGGUGCGUUGAAGGAGGCGACCCGGCGGCGGGGGCCGGAGUGUCCUCGGACCCUCCGAGGGCCGUGCUGUAAAUAGCUGCUUGUGAAAGCUUCCUCUGCCGUAAGCCGGCUGUUUGGGCAUCAUCCCUGUAAAUGCUGGAGUUUCUCAGACACUUCUGGACCUCGGUUCCUGAUCCGUUCAGUUGCAGAAGUGCUGCAGAGUUUAUGUGGUUUUUGUUGUUAACUUUCUGCUGCGCUGACGAGUCUGAACAAAAGCUUUCAUUUAGCUCCAAAGGAAGGAAGUGCAGUUUUUCUGUGUUUUAUGUGAGGAGAUGCUCAAUAUGCACUGACUGUAAACCACCAAGUGACCAAUGGUAACUAAUCCAGGAGGAAGUGCAAUACCAAGGAUGACCACUAGGUUCUGGCUCCAUAACAACUGCAAAAAGCACCAAUUCAAAGAAAAUACUGGAGAACACAGUUAUGCUUAAAAAAGCAAUAAAUAAGAACUAUAUAAAGGGGAGAUGUCUGGAAUCAAACAGUCUGAGGGUCUUUAUGAAAAUCGAUACAUCAACCAAUAAAUCAAUUUCAACUGUUGUCUUAACAUUUUUGAAUCAACUUGAAUUUAUGCGUCAGUUUAUUUGUCUUUUUGUGAGCGUUUUUCUCGCCUUAAAUUUGAAUCCAGAAAUGAUGAAUGUCAGCUCUCUUCUGAAUGGAAGUCAUCAGUCAAGACAAUGAAAAAAAGCCUCUUCUGUUGUUAUCUGCUCAGACUGUUCAGAUCAAGCUGUUAGGGUUCCAAUAAAGUUCGUUUGAAAUUCUCUUAGUUCACUUUUCACUGCUGGAUUUUUAAAGAACUUGUACUCUUGCAUUGUUUAGCUUGUUAUUUCAGAUCAAAGUUUUUGUCUUUUUGGGUGAAAAGACUCUAGCGGCUCACCUGCGUCACAGUCUGAAGAGCUGAUGUUCUGUCUGAGCUUCGGUUCAUGAACCGUCCGCCUCGCCCACCUCUGACUCACCAAAACAGGAAGUCCACACUUUUCCCUCUUAUUCACUGCCCACAGGAGCUAAACUAAACCUGAAGUGUGCCGGCCUGCCUCGGCUGCCUCCUCAGUUCCAUGUGCUGCAGGCUGAAUGGCGCUCCCUGUUUGCACAGAGCGGUUUGUUUGUGAGUCUCUGGAGCAGGCCGGGUCUGCUGGCAUCCUGCAGGUUUGAGCUGCUUGGAUGUUUCUUCUUGACAGGACAGUGCCAUGCUGGACUGGACAACAAGGUGCAGGUUAUUAAAAAACAGCUAAAAAACAAAAUUCUAAACUCUAAAACAGAAAACAUUUUCACACAGUUCUGAAUGUGAAGCUUUGAUGAAAAGUUCAUCUUCUCUGACAUUUCAUAUUUGGUGCAGAUGUCUUUAUGAUUGUUAUUCAGAGUAACGUUCACUGUGCAAAACGCUGCGUCUUUAAAGAAACUGUUUACUUGUUUGACUUUCUGUUCCACUGUUGACAUGCUUGAAAUGUUGGAGUCAUGAACAGACCUUUCCGCUGAGGUACAGGGUGAAAGGUUCUACGGGGUUUUUGGAUUUCCCAGAUGAACUUAAUUUUGGUUUUAGUUGUUUUUGUGUUAGUUUUUUUCAUCCAGAUGAAUCUAAAGUCAUGAAGCAGUGCACUGAGGAAAUAGAUGAACUAGUUUGAUGGAUGAGGACCAAACAGUCUGGUUCUUUUGACACUUUAAAGCCUCACUCAGGGUUCUGUUCACGUGUUGGUUCUGGAGCUCCAGCAGACAGCACACGGAGCCCAAGUUUGUCUCACACAGAAGACAUUUGAUUUACUCAGACUUUGUACAGAAAAUGUGUACGCUUUUCCACUCAUGACGACACAAUAAUAAAUGUUGAAGAACGA